AUGGGGCUCCGCACGCGCGCGCUCGCGCUGAGGGCGCUGGGGUAUCCCAAGUCCCCGCCACCCGCGGACCUCGCGGACGUGACCUUCCGCGAGCUUGUCGUGUGGCUCGAGGACACGAAGAUCCGCGCGCUGCCGAUGGACAGCCGCGGCCCGCUGAGGGACGUGCGCGCGUCGGAUUGGCCGAACGCGCUCGCGGCGCUCGCGUCGACGACGGGAUCCGACCUCGACGCGUCGUCGCCGGCGAAGGCGCGCGAGGUCCUGGAGCACCUCCUGAGCCAUGCGGUCGGGCUCGACUACCGCGACGACGCGGACAACCUCGGCGGCGUCGUGAAGGACCUGAAGAGGGCGUCGAUCGCGACCGGACCGCCGUCGAAGCGGCAGCGAUUAGACGCCGCGGCGACGACGACGACGCGGCCGCGGAUGCGCGGCUGCGGCGACGACGCGCUGAUCGCGAAGCUCGGAGAGCUCGCGGCCGCGCUCGGGAUUCAACCCGCGGCGGGAGCGGACGCGGACGCGCUCGCGGGGGCCUGCGCGCGCGGCGUCGAGAGGCUCGUCGCGCCGUUCUGGUCGUCGUUCGUCGUCGACGACGACGCGCCCGCCGCCGCCCGGAGCGACCCCGCGACGACGACGACGACGACCAAACCCAAACCGAAACCAUCCAAACGGCGCGCUUCACCGCUGACGCGAUGGACCCUCGACCCCGCGGCGUUCCCGAGCGGCAUCGACCUCCCGGACGGCGCGCCCGCGACGCUGACGGCGGCGGUGAACGCGUUGCGGGUGUUACACGUGAACGACCUGCGCGCGCUGCAGAGCGCCGUGGACGCGCUGCUCGUCGCGAUGCAGGAGCACACGUCGGACCCGAGAACGGAUAGCAAGCUAGGGAGGGUAGGGAGCGGAUGA